GCAUGCAUCAAGACUCAAGACACUCAAGACUUUCUCUCUCUCGGAGCCUUUUCCCUCUCUUGCCCUCCUUCCUCGAACGGCUCGCUCUAUUACGGAUACCUCAGGCUAGCGCUCAAAAGUCGAUACCACCAACUCAUCCCCAGAAGCGACCACGACGACCUGGGCCGGGACCGGGACCCACCUAGGUCAAGCUGAGCUGUUCUGCCUUACACCAUCGACCUAGAAGCUGGAGAUUCCGUGUGGCGUUUUUUCCACACCUUACCUUCCUUACCUUACCUUUAGGUACACUCACUUCCUUCCUUCUUUUUUAUCCGCUGGAUAUCCCCGAUCCACGGAGCCUCAUCUCUUUUUCCCCUUCUUCAAGGUUCUCUUCAGCUUCAACAAUCCUUUUUUCCCGGGACCUUCCCACCUUCACCUUCUUUACCCUUUCUUCUUCGGUAUCUUAUCUCUGGGUUUAUUGUAUCUCAUUCAAGCCAAACAAUACCACAACGAGAGCAUCGAAAGCUGCCCGAGAUGAAGUCUGGAAUCUUCAUCGCCUUCACCGCCGCUGGCGCGGCUGUGAGCUCUGUCACGGCCUUGUCCUUCCCUCGCGCCACUGAGGGCCAGGGAUUUAUCGCCAUGCCGGUCAGACAGGUCAGACCUGACUACAGUGACCUUGACAAGAGAGCGGCCAUCGAGGUUACUCUCAAGAAUCAACAGUUCUACUACUCGACUGAUAUCUCGAUCGGCACUCCUGCUCAGCAGGUCACUGUCCUGCUCGAUACCGGCUCCUCUGAGCUCUGGGUCAACCCGGACUGUGCUACCGCUCCUUCUGCCUCCCAGGCCAAGCAGUGUCUCGCUGCUGGCCAGUACAACCCGGCCAAGAGUCGCACUCCGGCCGUUGGCCCCAUUGGAGCUCGAAGACUCAACUACGGAGAUGCUUCGGACGCCAGCACUCAGACCAGCGCCGAGAUCGCUUACUACGUUGACACCAUCACUAUGGGCGCUGGUGCCAUCGUCAACCAGACCUUUGGCCUCGUCACCAAGAGCGAUGGCAUCGCCACCGGCAUCAUGGGCCUGGCUCCUGAUCUCAAGGCUGGAUUCGAGAAGGGCAAGCCCUACAGCCUGAUUCUCAACACCUUGGCUGAUCAGGACAUCAUCGGCAGCCGUGCCUUUUCGCUGGAUCUCCGCCACUCUUCCUCCGACUCUGGCGCGCUCAUCUACGGCGGUCUCGACAAGGGCAAGUUCAUUGGAGAGCUUCUGAAGGUUCCCAUGAUUACUGGCAUUAGAGGCGAGCCUCGUCUCGCAGCCACCCUUUCUGCCGUUGGCAUGUCUCUUCCUAACCAGCCCGUCAAGUCUUACGACCUCGGUGCAGCUGACACGAACGUCAUGCUCGAUUCGGGUACUACACUGACGCGCCUCCAUCCUGCCCUCGCGCGCCCCAUCCUCGCGGACCUCAAGGCAGUGAGCGACGACAGCGGAUACUGGACCGCCGACUGCUCCCUCCGCACCCCGACCCUCGCCAACGGCGGCAGCGACUCAUACAUGACCUUCACCUUUGGCAAGAAGACCAUCCGCGUGCCCCUCAGCGACUUCAUCCUCGACAUGGGCCCCAAGGACGGCCAGUGCUACGUCGGUCUCGUCAUCACCACCGACCAGCAGAUCCUCGGCGACAGCAUGAUGCAGGCCGGCUACUUCGUCUUCGACUGGGACAACCAGGCGAUCCACAUGGCCCAGGCCGCCGACUGCGGCAAGGAGGACAUCAUCACCAUCACCAACGGCGAGAACGCCGUCCCCAGCGGCCUCGUCGGACUCUGCAACGGACCCGCCACCCCGGACGGCAGCGUUGCGCCCGCGCCUGGUGCAGUGAGUUCCUCUUUGGCUCCUCUUUCUUCUGAUACUACUGCUACUACCACUUCCCCGUGGCUCUUCCCUGACGCCCCGACUGGCUCGACCUACACAAACCCCCCCAUCCCGAGUCCGAAGUUCGUGACUCCCUCUGAUUUCGUCUUUAUAACACCUCAUCCUCAGUCAUCCUCCUCCGCGACCGGCAACGCCUCGCCCGCUUCCUCCGCUGCUAUUACCCCCACUGCGGCCACCCGCGGCAGCGGUGGCAGUGGCUCCUCGACGAACACGGGCACGACGACUGCCGCCCCGACCGCGACCGAUCCCUCCUCGUCGAGCAACUCCGAUUCUCACAAUGCCGCCUCGUCCCUCUUGGGCAGCGACCAGGUCUUCAUGGGCUUGGUCUUGAGCGUCUUGGCCAUCUUGGUCAUCACGAUUACAUUCUGAGUCGUGCUUUGGAGAUGAUUUUGUGAACGCAACAGGAAAAAUAAGGCUAAGGAUACGAUACCCCUUCUUUGUUCAGGUUUCGGGAGGCACUGCAUUCUUUGGGGAGUUUUCAUUAUCAACUUUGCAUUCAGGGGAUGGCAUGGACGUUUUGGGGGAAGGGGAGGAAUUAAUGGAAACCCUCUUUCUCUUCUGGUCUUAUCUAUCACGGACGAGACAGAGCUUGAGAAAGAGGUACGGAUUUUUCCCUGGCUAGCUGGCCAUGAGUUUUUGAAGAAUAGUUCUUCACAAAGCUGGGGGUUUGGGCUGGAUGUCUAGCUAGGACGGACGUUUUUACUGAUGACCCGUUACGAUACCAAUGACGAAAACUUGAGGCCCUUGUUUCUUUCGGUUUUCUUCUCAUUAGGAAGGCCAAAAGAAAAGAAAAAACGGGACCUGACUUUUCCAAUUCAAAAAAAGUUUCAGAACCACACUUCCUGCUCGUUCUCUCGCCAUCUCGCUCCUAAUCAUUUCGUGCUUUUUGCUAUCCAUCCUGUGACUGUGUGGCUGUGACUGCAAACUUGAGAAUGGUAACACAAAAACGUACAUAUUUCAUCACACCAGCCCUCGAUUUGUCUGUGUUCAGUCAACUUUUUGUGACGAGGGCCUUU